AUGGCUUCCAUUUCCAAGAGAGUUACAUUUCAAGUUGGUGCCGGUGCUGCAGACGAGAGGACGCUAACUCUGAGCAGCAUGUCUAAUGAUGGUCAUUUGAUAUCGAUCAGGCCUUUCGUCACUCCAAGUAAGAAUGAGAAAAGCUUCCCAUUUGAGUGGGGCUUUGCUUGUACGUCAGAUGGUGCUAAGAUCAACAAACUAGACUCGAAGUCAAUGACAAUUGACUUUAAUUUUGAGUUUGACACUAAUGUGCAGCUUGAAAAGGAGAACACGCACCGUGGCGUCAUCAAUACGAGUUGGAAGACUUGGGACAGUGGUCUAGUCGAGGAAAGAGGGCAAGUUUUUCCUUUUGGUGCCGAAAAGGAAGGUGUCAGUUUUUUCGAGCUUUGGCAACCAAUUGAUCCUGCUGAGCACAGGUUUGUGAGUAUUCAGAGCGAACCACAAGCGGCUUCCGGUGCCAGGUCCGUUGUACUAUCUUUGAAUAACGGCCAAUAUCGUGGCUUGAUAGUCGUCGUUGGCAUAUGGAUCCAGGGUAUUCUAUUUAAAGAGAACGACUCUUCUCAGGAAAGUAUAAACUUUUUGAGAGCAAUCGAAACUCCAGCUGGAGAGUGGACGUAUUUGAUUCAAUUUGGCCCAGAUUUCGACAAGUUUCCUAACAGUAUCAACGUGAAACAGGGAUCUUCCGUCCUUGCUGGCAGCACCUCAUGGACUGUUAUUGAGUCCAAUUUGUAA